AGGGCGUGACCCGACUGGGGUUAAAGGCCACGCAGCUCACGUGAGAGCAGAAACCAGCAACAUGGCGGUGACAGGAGAGCCCUCCUUCUCACUGGGUAAUGACACCCUCCAGGUACCAAUGGCCCUCUUUGCCUUGAACAGACGCCGUCUGUGUGAGCAGUUACGUAAGAAUGCUGAGGUGCCAAAGAAAGCAGUGGUGGUCCUCCAGGGGGGAGAUGAACUCCAGCGAUACUGCACCGACACUGGUAUUGUCUUCCGUCAGGAAUCUUAUUUCCACUGGACGUUUGGAGUGGUGGAGGCAGACUGCUACGGUGCUGUGGAAGUUGCCACUGGCAAGUCCCUGCUGUUUAUUCCCAAACUCCCGGAGAGCUAUGCAGUGUGGAUGGGCACGAUUCACAGCCGUGACCACUUCAAAAAGAAAUACUCUGUGAAUGAAGUUCACUACACUUGUGAUGUGGCUGAGGUGCUGAAGAAGUUGCAGCCAGAUGUGCUGCUCACCUUGCGUGGCGUGAAUACAGAUAGUGGGCACACUACUCGAGAAGCUGCUUUUGAUGGAAUCAGUGAGUUUAAUGUGAACAAUACUUUGCUUCACCCUGUCAUCAUGGAAUGCCGAGUGAUAAAAACAGACAUGGAAUUGGAGCUUCUGCGCUACACUAACCGCAUCUCCAGUGAAGCACAUAAGGAGGUAAUGAAGGCUGUGCGAAUUGGGAUGAAGGAAUACGAGUUGGAAAGUCUAUUUGAACACUAUUGCUAUACUCGAGGAGGGAUGCGUCACACUUCAUACACGUGUAUAUGUGGCAGUGGGAUAAAUUCUGCUGUCCUACAUUAUGGACAUGCUGGAGCUCCAAAUGACAAGACCAUUCAGGAUGGAGACAUGUGCCUGUUUGAUAUGGGUGGUGAAUAUUAUUGCUAUGGUUCUGACAUCACCUGCUCAUUUCCAGCCAAUGGAAGGUUCACUACUGACCAGCGCGAUAUCUACCAGGCUGUUCUGAAAGCAUCACGGGCAGUGAUGAGUGCUGUCCGACCAGGAGUUGCCUGGGCUGAUAUGCAUCGCCUUGCUGAGAGAGUCCAGCUGGAGGAGCUGACCAGAAUCGGAAUUCUGCGAGGCAACGUGGCUGACAUGAUGAAGGUCCACUUGGGAGCUAUCUUCAUGCCUCACGGUCUGGGUCAUCUGCUGGGAUGUGACGUCCAUGAUGUUGGCGGCUACCCAGAGGGUGUGGAGCGCAUUGAUGAGCCAGGGCUCCGCAGUCUACGCACUACACGGGAACUGCUCCAGGGCAUGGUCCUCACCAUCGAGCCAGGAAUUUACUUCAUCGACAUGCUUCUGGACCAGGCUCUGGCAGACCCCGCCCAGGCUUGUUUCAUCAACAGGGAUGUCCUCGCUCGCUUCCGAGGAUUUGGUGGGGUGCGUAUCGAGGACGAUAUUGCAGUCACUGCCAGUGGAAUGGAACUGCUGACCUGUGUGCCACGCACUGUUGAGGAAAUUGAGGCCUUUAUGGCAGAGGGCUCUGGAUCCUCGAAGCAGUUUGGUCAGCUUCCGGGGCAGGUAGCCUGAAUCCCCGCUGUUCAUUGGCAGCUUCACUCUGUCCUCUGUCUAGGUAACCCAGUGAUUUGAAAUCUCAAAACAAACCAAGCUUCAUGAUUGCAAUUAAUGCACCAACAAUGAUGCGAACAUACGAAAUCUUCCUCCAUCUGUUUGCAAAGAGCUAGAAUCGUGAGAGCCUGUCACUUUGGUGCAGGCAGAGAGUAAAACCUCAGCAGCAGCUCGGGGAGGCAGCAUUCCUCCACAUUACACAUCAAAAUGCACAACUUCAGGUUCACACAAAGAUGGCUGCAGUACAGGUGUGUUUGCAUCCACUCAGGCACUCCUGCACAAUAAAUAGCUGAUGGAAUGGGACCAGCUUUGGUCUGUCAUUAGUCACUGGUUGGCUCCAGUUUCCCACUGGACACAGCGCGUUCCUCCGUGUUGGACUGAGAGACCAUAUGCAGAGGCUCCCUCCCUGUCGCACAGAGACUCAAUGAAAACCCAAAAUCACUGCCUGAGCCAGUAGGCAUUAUAGCGUCCCACUGGCAACAUCCUCCGAGACCUGUGAGAGGUGUGUGAGGGUUCAGAGAGCGAGCCAUCUUGAUGGAAUAGUCAGAGGUUGAGUAUCUGCCGCACACAGGGACAAAGAGUGAAUUGAGGGCAAGGUGGACUCGCUGAUCUGCACAAGCUCACAGUUAAAUACAGAGCAAACAGAAAUGCAAAUAAUCUUGCUUCAGGCCUGGGAAAUGAAACAAAUCUUUUUAAGAAUGAUGACAUAACCGUAAAUUCCUUUCUGACUUUCUGCAAUAAAGCUGUAUGUUUUCACCA